AUGCUCACAAUGGUGAAUGAAGGCCCUGCUGUCCAGCUAGCCGACCGUCCGGACGAGCCGGUAUCGCAGCCAACACCCCCAGGCCUGGCAGUCGACAGCGCGAUUAACGCGGUCUCCAGCGGCCGCGCUUCGCCAGACAUGCAUUCGCUAGACGCGGCUAUCACCGUUGCCAAGAUCGAUGCUAAGACCCCCACCACAGCAACUGUUGUUGAAACCGUGCAAUCAGAAUUCGAGGCCCUGGCCUUGAGCGACGACCGGUCUCAAGAGCAACUUCCGGGGCCCCCAGAAGAUGGAAUCCCACCUACUUCUUCUUCACCCUCUUUAGCCGGCCACGCGCUCCAGGUACGACUCAACAAGGAUCCCAACCUAGGCUUUUGUGUCUAUGCCUUGCGCCGCUUUGACCGCGGCGACGUCUUAUACACCGAGCGUACCGCCAUCGAAGCCCUCCACCACCCGGAUCACCGUGGCGUCCGCAAUGUCUACCAGUACUACACCAAUAUGUCGCACGAGCGACGCGCUGCCCUGCAUGGUGCAUUUCCUAUGCUGGCCUGGGCUAAUGGUGUAGAUGCGUACGAAGCCGCCGAGGGACGCACCCUCAUCGGAUCCCGUGUCAUCACAAAGGGGUUCAACCUAGACAUUUGCCUGUCUGCCGAGGACCACAUUCGAAUGCGACCAGAUAUGCCCGUACAGCUCCGCAGACAAUCCCCCGGACGGCAGCCGGCUGAGCAGACAGUGAGCACUGCUGCCACGACUGUGUCGACCAUCCGGCUAAAAGGGAAGAAGACAAGGUCUGCCUUCUCUGAGCUCUUCCAUCCCACCGCUCACUUGGUUGAAAGGGACAACCGCAGUAAGAGCACGAGCCGAAUCGGAGGAAAGAGCUGGAGGCGAAAAGGGCGCGGCUGGGGCGCCGACGACGAAAACGAGGACGCCAAGAGCCACAGGAGUUUCAAGAGCGUCAGCAGCUGGAAGAGCAGAAUGAGCCAGAGGAGUAUUCCUGGUGGUGCCGGGCGAGACAAGGACUGGGCCCAGCGCGAAACACUCAAGUGGUUUGGUCGCUACGCCUUCCGCCUCAAGCCGGGGACUGCAUUUCUCGAGUCGGCGACCGACCAGGCUGCUGCCGUCUAUCUCUUGACCGACCUGAUUAACCAUCGGUGUGCCCCCUACCAAAACUGUCGAGUGCAGCCAAAGAUAGGCUUCGUCUCCGUCAUCGCGGAGCGAGACAUCGAGGUGGGAGAAGAGCUGACCAUCAACUACAACAAGAGCAAGAAAGACUUUGACUGCAAGGGGGAGUGCUGCCAGUGA